AUGGUCCGAAGGAAUAAGGGUCGUCAGAAAGUAGAGAUGAUUAAGAUGAACAACGAGAGUAAUCUUCAAGUUACUUUCUCUAAGAGACGAUCCGGGCUUUUCAAAAAAGCGAGCGAACUUUGUACACUUUGUGGUGCCGAAAUCGCGAUCAUCGUAUUUUCUCCCGGUCGAAAAGUCUUCUCUUUCGGCCAUCCUUGUGUUGAUACGAUCAUCGAACGUUUCAUAAAUCGUGGUCCUCCCCCUCAUCAACAAAACAAUACUACUAUGCAACUCAUUGAAGCUCAUCGUAAUGCCACCAUUUGUGAUCUCAACGCUCAACUCACGCAGACACUUGGACAGCUUGAGACAGAGAAGAAAAGAGGUGAAGAACUAAGCAAAAUAAGAAAAUCAAACAAGAAUGUACAGAACUGGUGGGAAUCACCCAUUGAAGAGCUCAACAUAACACAGCUUACUCAGCUCAAAGGUGCUCUUGAAGAUCUGAAGAAAACUAUUGCAGCUCAAGCUUCAAAACUUCUCCAAUCGACCGUUCCUCGACAGUUCUACGUCGGAAACUCUUCUAACAACGUUGGCGGAGGCAAUGGUUCUGGUCUUAACUUGUUGGAUCAACAAAGAGCAAUAACCACAAACAGGUUCAUUCCAAAUGCUAUGUCGUUUGGAUAUGAUAAUCAAGGUUUUAGAUCAGAGUUUACAUCGGGGUUUAAGCAAGAGUACAACAGUUCAGGAUAUGAUGAACCCGGAAACAAUUCGAAUAAUAAUCCUAACUCCGGAUCAGGUGGUGGUUACAAUUAA